UGUUAUAUUAUUAUUUAUGAUGUCGUUAUUUUCUGGAGUUUUCAAAUUGCGGAUAUGUUUUUAUUGGUAUUUGACGAGCGCAGUAUUCACAAACCAUAUCCAGAAUACAGAUUCUCAAAUUAUGAAUGAUACAUUACUCCGGUUGAAUAUUGGAGAGAAUUGUAUACAGCUGUUGGAGCACUUCGCUACUAUUACAGCAAAUUUUACAAGAUGUGUUAUUCGGCAUGCUCGGCCCAUAAUGAUCUGCCAAGAUUGUGUCAACGAAUUUUAUGAUGUCGUGAAAAGUCAUAAUGAUAUACUGAAGCUUCAAGAAGACUCGGGUGAAGCCUGUCAAAAAGAAUUACUCAAUGUGGACCGAUUGGAUUUAAUUGAAAAUAGUUUUCAGUUUGUGAAUGAACAAUGGAAAAAAGCAGCUUGUCAAAAAUGUUUCACAUUGGAUAGAAAUUCUUCCAAAAUAAAUGCUAACACGAUGGGUAUUUUUAAAAUCCACAACGAAACAGAGGCUUGUUUCAAUUCCAAUGAACAUAACUCAUCCACACUGUGCAAUGAUUGUAAAAGUAUUUAUUGUCACUUGAAUGAUUUCUACAGUGAGCAUGGGUCUCAUCGAGAAUUUUGUAUGGAUGUUAUAGACAUGAUGAACAACACGCGGUACGAAUGGAGUAAAAAAUAUAAUUGUUCCGCCAUUCGUGAAAAACAAGAUAUUAUAUUUCUCGCAUCUUCUGCGAUUGUUUGCAUGUUACCAAUAAUUUUUUAUUUUUUGAUAUGGCUGUUUUCUACUUUUAGUUUUCCAGAAAUUUCAACUCAAAACCGGUGGAAUGGGAGGUUCACUAGACUGAGCAGUAGUCCAGAAGAUUCGCGAUAAUCUCUGUCGCUUAAGUAUGUUUUUUGUCAGAAUUGAGUUUGACAUCUCCUGGGAUGAAAUUGUCUAAUUUCUUCGCAUUUUACCACAAAAUAGUUGGAAAGAAUUUUUAUUUGUGAAUUUUAUAUUUUUGUGUACCUACUGAAAUAAUUUUAUAUUGCUAGUCAUUAUAGCGAAAAUUAUAUAUUCCUUUUUUAAUAAAUUAUCUUGAUUUC